GUUGUCCACCGUGUACCAGUCUGUCUGAGCGCACAGCGGAUCUCCGCACCGAGACCAGAACCACCAUGGCUUGAAUUACACUACCUGCCAACCAUCCCAUUGUCUAAUGGUGUUGUCAUAACCAGCAUGCGACCCCUCGCUCUCUUCUUUUGACCGGAAAUAAAGGCGAUUCCCUGGACGGUCCGGAUUAAUUUUCUGCGCAUCAUUUGGACGGGCGUCUUUAGGAUGGAGCACAUCAGAACACCAAAGGUGGAAAACGUGCGUAUGAUUGAUCGACGGACUCCCAGGAAGGCUACAGUGGGAACAUUAUACCUCUCCUCUACUCACACUAUAUUUGUAGAGAACUCAGAGGCCCGCAAAGAGACCUGGGUUCUGCACAGUUUGGUGAGUAACGUGGAGAGACUCCCAACAAACCCAUCAGGAAGUCCUGUCAUUAUCCGCUGCAAAAACUUCAUUGUUUACAGACUGCUGAUCCCACAGGAGAAGGACUGUUUAGAUGUGAUGGCUUCCCUCACUCGUCUUUCACGGCCAGAGCGCUUUGGAGAGCUGUUUAGCUUCUCUUUUAACCCAAACCUGGAUAAAGAGUUAAGGGAAAAGGCAUGGGGCUUCAUGGACCUGAAGGCAGAAUUCAAUCGAAUGGGAAUACCCAGCAACCUCUGGCACGUCACAGCAGCCAAUCAUGAGUACAGAUUGUGUGACACCUACCCGUCAGAGCUGUUUGUGCCAAAGUCAGCCUCUCCUGCUGUGAUUGUGGGCAGUGCCAAGUUCCGGAGUCGAGGACGUCUUCCUGUUCUCUCCUACUUCCACAGAGACACCAGUGCAUCGAUCUGUCGCAGCAGUCAGCCUCUUUCCGGUUUCAGUGCACGAUCCUCAGACGAUGAGCAGAUGCUGCAGGCCAUCAUGAAGUCAAACCCUGUCAGUGAGUUCAUGUAUGUGGUGGACACAAGGCCAAAGCUGAAUGCCAUGGCUAAUCGCGCCGCAGGGAAGGGCUAUGAAAAUGAAGACCACUACACCAACAUAAAAUUACAGUUCAUUGGCAUAGAAAACAUCCAUGUCAUGAGAAACAGCCAACAGAAGCUUAUAGAUGUCGGUGACAUGGCGGCUCCCUCUAUGGCCGAUUUCCUCUGGGGUCUGGAAAACUCAGGGUGGUUGAAACACAUCAAAGCUGUGCUAGAUGCUGGAGUCUUCAUCGCAAAGGCAGUGGCCGAGGAUGGAGUGAGUGUUCUCGUUCAUUGUUCAGAUGGAUGGGACAGAACAGCUCAGGCCUGUUCAGUGGCUAGUGUACUACUAGAUCCCUACUACAGGACUAUUAAGGGAUUGAUGGUUCUGAUUGAGAAGGACUGGGUGUCGUUUGGACACAAGUUUUCUCACAGAUAUGCUCAUCUUGACGGUGACCCUAAAGAGGUUUCUCCAGUCAUGGACCAAUUUCUGGAGUGUGUGUGGCAGUUGAUGCAGCAGUUCCCCUGUGCGUUUGAGUUCAACGAGCGAUUCCUAAUACAGCUGCACAUGCACAUCUACUCCUGCCAGUACGGGAACUUCAUCGGCAACUGCCAGAAAGAACGGAGAGACUUGAAGUUACAGGAGCGAACACAUUCUCUGUGGCCACACCUGUGGGAGAACAGGGCUGAAUACACCAACCCUCUGUACAGGACAGACCACAGCCAGACACAGGGGGUUCUCAGACCUCUCACCACUGCCUACUGCUUCAAGUUUUGGAAGGGGAUGUAUGGCCGCGCAGAGAGAAGUUUGUCUUCCCAGCAGUCUCCAGCAGACUGUCUGAACGCAGUGAGGGAGGAGUCACAGCAGCUUGAGGAGGAGCUUACAGCCCACCAGGAGAGACUUGCUCAGUUGAAGGAGAAGAAAACUUCAGGGGAGAGGAAGAAGAUCAGCAGGUUGUCUGAACGCGUCCGCCGUCCCAUUCCGAAUGAAGGUGAACUCGGCAGCCCUCAAGACUACUUCAGCACCCCGAGAGGCGAGAAACACACUCCUUCCUUCACACUGCCGCUAGAUUUAGCAGCCCAGACCAAGAACGGUGACCCCGAUGACCUUUCAACCUGCAGUGAUUUGGAGUCAGGGGUGGCUGAUCUCAGCAGCCAUUCCUCCAGUGCUGGAGAUGACAAUAAAGACCCCGAUUCUGAAGACGUGGUUAAAAUACCUGCCUGAAUUAAACAGAACUGGGAUAAAAGCACAGUAACGGGUACCGAACUGGGAACUGUGUUGUCUUUAAAUGUUAUUUUAUUUUUAAUGAACAUGUGAAUUUAUAUUUAAAUACAGUAUGUGCACAAGUACACAUGUCAUAAAACAGUCUGAGGAAAAACACCUUAUUCCAGUAUCGCAUUAUCACAGUAUUUUAAGUUUUGGUUUCACUGUGUAUUUCACUGAUGAUUUUAUUUAUUUAUUUGGUCUUGACGUUUUCUAUAGCUAUGUUCGGAACAGCAUAUUAUCAUACUACUCAUGCUAAUGCACAAAACAUAUAUCGGAAAUGCCCCAGCAGGCACAGGACGUCAAAUAAUGUCAGAUUGAUGUUGUACCCCAAUGUUGUGGGGACGUUACAUUUUUUUUGGAAAUGAAAAUCGGGUUGACAUCAGAACACAACAUCAGGUCGACAUCAAGGUCCAACCUAAUAUCAACAUCUAAUGAUGUUACAUCUUGACAUGUGUGGGCGUUACCACUAUGACGUCUAUCAGACAUUGGAUUUUGGUUGCCAUAACUGACAUAUAAAUGUUAGUAUUUGACAUCAAUAUGACGAAGCAACCUAAAAAUCAACCAAAUAUCAACGUCAUUUAACAUCGUUAUUGGACGUCAAAAUAACAUUGUUCUUAGAUGCUAGCAAGACAUUGAAUUUUGGUCACCUGAUUUCAUGACCUAAAUCUAACCUAAUAUUAACGUCUUAUGACAUUGUGUACCUGCUGGGUCAGAAUAUGUUUUACUUUUGCCAAAUUUCACGCUUGCUUCUUAAAAUAUUGCAUCUACAAAGCAAUACAAAAAGUCGUUCUUGACUGCCAAUAUUUCUUUCUUUUCCAUUUUUUGUUUGGUAACCCCAGAACUUUUAUUUUGUUGGUAAACUGCAAUGUAAUAACUUGCAUUUCCAGUUGGAUGUGAGGUUACAAGUGAACCAACUGCUCCAAGACACUGAAAACACUGUUACAAUGAGCUGCUCAUGUGUAAAUAAACCACAUUAUGUUUUUGAGCAGUACAAUUAAUACAAUAAAAAAUUACCAGGGCAAUUUGUGUCACAUUUGUCAUCACAUUUUAGGCCCUGACAUUUUUUUUUGGGAAGUGUUUUCUUAGACAGUAUAUAGAGUAUGCUAGUAUUCCAUUCCAAACAUAGCCCAUAUCUUCAUGGAAUUUGGACUGUGCCUACCAAGACCAUCAGAUUUCCAACCUGUGUGUUUCAUCUUCAGUAUAAAUCGUGAGAAUUUAUUGUACAUGUGAAAACGAGAACUGUAUGGAAGUGAGAAAUGUAUGGCAGCCACACCACAUUUACUUCCCAUUUCUGUACCUGUAGACAAACAAUAGACAAUCAAUCCCUGUGAUGAACAUUUCAACUACACCGGUAGAUUUGUCUGGAUCCUAGAACUAUAUUCAUUUGUUGGGCAAAGGCUCUCAAUAAACAACAAUUACAACACAAGCCGAUUUUUGCAUACUUUUCACUUCAAGAUCUGCAAUGCUAAUUGUAUAAAUCUGGGUGUGUUUAAGUUAAAGUAUAUUUUUAAUGAAGAACA